AUGACGUUUAUGAAUAACAUUAGAAGCGCUACGAAAGAAGCGUUGGACCGCACAGCGAUAAUCGCAAAGUUCUUAUGUUGCCUUCACUUCACCGCCAACUACCUCUGUUCCCCAACUCACGCGUACGGACCUAGCAUGCUCCCUACCCUAAACAUCGCCGGCGAUGUUCUUCUCGUCGAACACCUAUCUCCGCGGAUCGGGAAAGUUGGUCAUGGUGACUUGGUUCUUGUUCGCUCGCCUUUGAACCCUAAUCGGAACUUGACAAAACGUGUUGUUGCUAUGGAAGGGGAUACUGUUACUUUCUUUGAUGCUUCGGGUUCCGAUUCCUCCAGAACUGCUGUGGUGCCAAAGGGGCAUGAAAAGUGUUUUUGCGGGUUUGGCCACCCAGUAGCUUUGGACUGCUUGAUAAUUGAAGAUAUUUUAAUGAAGUGCUCCUUUAACUGCAUCUAA